CAGCUGCAGUUGCAAGAACCAAUGAAAAUAGAGGUGGGUGGGAAAUAAGUAUUUGCUAGCGUUACGUCAACAUCGCAGUCUCGCAGCAGCAGACCUACCAUCUCCUGUACCUUGACAGAUCUGACAUUGCAAGGUGUGAACACGACAGCGGCAGCUUCACCAGCUCUGGACCCGGACCUGCUCCGGAGUGGACCCGGACCUACUCUGGAGUGCCCCAUCUGCCUGGAGAAUUACAACCAGGAGCAGCUGAGGCCCAAUCUCCUGCAGUGUGGCCACAGUGUGCAGACAGUGUCUGGAGAAGCUGCUGGAUAGCACCAUCAACGGCGUGCGCUGUCCCUUCUGCAGCAGGGUCUCCCGCAUGAGCAGCUUCUCCCAGCUGGCUGACAACCUCACUGUGCUCAAGAUCCUCGACUGGAUCAGCUCCUGCACCACCGCCCUCAUGUGCAAGUCCUGCCGCAACCGCCUACCCCGACAGUACUGCCUUGACUGCGGCACCGUGCUCUGUGACCUCUACAAGAGUGAGGGCCACCUGCAGCAGGGCCACGCCGUCCAGCCCAUCCGGGUGGCUGCUGAGCAGUGCCGGAAGGACCUGGGCGGUAAACUGGCGUCCCUCCACAAAGCCAUGGACCACAUCCAGCAGAAAAAAAGUGAUCAUUGACAGUGUGACAAAGAACAUGCGGGUGAAGUCCCGGGCGGUUCAGCAGGAGUAUGCCCGGCCUGAGCUGCGUCUGCUGGAGGAGCUGGGGCACCAGCGGCAGGCCUUCGCUGCCUCCAUGGCCAAGGUGGAAAAGCUGAAUGGGCACAUCCUUGAGGAGCAGACAUACCUGCUGAAACUGGCCGAAGUGCAGGUGGUGUCCCGAUGCGACUACCUCACCAUGUGGGUGAAGCAGAGCGACAUCACCCUGCUGGAGGGGGAAACGAUGAGGAGGAGCUAGACCUGAGGAGCAGCCUGGACCUGCCUACGCUACUCAAGCUCCAGGACCCUGAGCUGGUGACGACAGAGCAUCGCGUCAGCAUCAGCUCAUCACCAAGCCCUGCACACUGAUGAGGCUGCUGGAGUUUAGCGCUGGGGUUGGGGUUGAUGCCAUGUGCGGGACCAUGGGGGUUGUAGGGGCCCCGCUGGACCUUUAUAGAGACAUUGAUAUGUUAAUGUCUGUAGAAGAGGCUGUGUGUGCCUCCCUGGAUAACUUUAAGUCCAUGGAUGAAGGGGGGGCCCCCAGCUCGGGGCCACAGCACUGCCAGUUCGUAAAGAAGAUGGGUUGCAAGGGCAACCUGCCGGGGAUGUUCAACCUACCGUUUAGCAUCUGUGUCACCCCACAGGGCGAAGUCCUAGUGGCCGACCGGGGGAACUACCGCAUCCAGAUCUUCAACCGCAAGGGCUUCCAGAGGGAGAUCCAUCGCAACCCCAGCAGCAUCGACCUGCCCAACCUCAUCCCGCUGUCCAUCACCAUCACUCCGCAGGGCCUUAUUGGGGUCACUGACAACUCAGUCAAGGUGUACACCAUUGACGGCCACUGCGUGGCCUGCCACAAGAACCAGCUAAUAAAGCCCUGGGGCAUUGCAGCCAUGCCCAAGGGUCAGUUUGUGGUCUUGGACGUGGAGGGAGGCAAGCUCCGGUGCCUGGCCGUGGACCGCAAAGUGGGCGUAGUCAACUACAACCGUCUGUGCUCGGCAGUGCGGCCCAAGUUUGUGACGUGCGACGCAUCGGGCACCAUCUACUUCACCCAAGGAUUGGGCCUGAACAUUGAGAACCGCCAUAAUGAGCACCACCUGGAGGGGGGCUUCUCCAUCUGCUCGGUGGGGACGGACGACCAGCUGGGCAAGCAUCUCAGCCACUUCUUCUCGGAGACAGAGGACUUCCGUUGCAUCACGGGAAUGUGCGUGGAUGCCAACGGGGACCUGCUGGUGACGGACAAUGGCAGGAAGAAGAUCCUGCAAUUCCCCAAAGAGGGCGGCUUUAACGUGCUCAUCCAGGAGGGACUGGCGUGCCCUGUGGGCGUGGCCGUCACUGAGAAAGGACAGCUGAUGGUGCUGGACUGCUGGGACCACUGUGUGAAAGUCUACUCGUACCCACAGAGGAGAUGCUUCUCCACCUGCUAGGUGCUAAGAAACUACAAAUCCAAUUUUGUGUGUGUGUGUCACUUUUUAAUAUAAAUGGCUGCAUUCCAAACAACUUUUGCUCGUCCAUGAUCUGAUUUCUAGUCAGUGCUUAACAGGUCAUAUAAUGAGUUACUGAUCCCCAGUCAGUCAGUGGGACUGGCUAGGAGCACACUGGAACCAAGCUGGUGUUUAUCUACAAUUUGAGCUGCCUCGUUGAUUUGAUGGAUCACAGCACUAAAGAUGACAAUAAGUGUUGUCACAUUGAGGGUGGGGGGAAACUGGUAUGUCAAUCAACGCACAACAUUUGUAAUAUUUUAACUGCUGUACUGUACAAAAUAUUAGGGCCGGGUUGAUACCUGUAUUGCGAUACUCAUUAGUAUCGUAGCAAAGACACAAAACACGAAGUAAAUUUAACUU